AUGGCAAGUGCACAUAUGUUUAAUCUUGAUUCAUUAAGUGUGUCUUUUGGGCAAAAAAUUGGCACUUUUUCAAACAUCACAUCUAUAACUAAUUUUGUGUUGGACCCAGCGUUUAUAUUCAUUGUCGUCGGUGGAAUUAUUUUUGUACUUGGAUUCUGUGGUUGCAUUGGAGCUCUCAGAGAAAAUGUUUUGCUUCUUAGAGUUUAUAGCGUAGUGUUGGGAAUUAUUUUCUUUGCCGAGCUUGCCAUUGGGAUUUUGGGCUUUGUGUAUAAAGAUUGGGUAAAAUCACAAAUUGAAGAUGGAAUUACAAACAUUAUUGUGAAUUAUCGUGAAGAUCCUGAUUUACAAGAUGUGAUAGAUGGCAUACAACAAUCAUUAAAAUGUUGUGGCGGUAAAGAUUACCAUGACUGGGAGAACAACAUCUAUUUUAAUUGUUCUCUGGAAUCAAGAGGAGCCAAAGAGGCGUGUGGAGUGCCUUAUUCAUGCUGUAUUGAAUCAGAAACUGAUGCUGUUGUAAACACCAUGUGUGGUUAUGAUGUGAGAAAAGAAGACUAUCCACUUCCAGCUGCCGAUGUGAUCUUCACGAAAGGUUGUGUUCCAGCAUUUUCGGAAUGGAUAGAAACAAACUUGGUGAUUGUGGGUGCCAUUGUCAUAGGGAUUGCUCUGUUACAGAUUUGUGGUAUUUGUUUUGCACAAAACCUAGUGAAUGACAUCGAGGAACAGAAGGCGAAGUGGAGGUACAGAUAGGAAUCUAGAGUUUGCACUUCUACUGCCGCUUACAGUCGAGACGCAUCUUGCUUGCUUUGCUUCAGUGGUUGUGCAUUCUUUGUUAACUCAACACUAAAAUUCUUAUUUCUCCUUGCAUUCAUAUUUAUAACAUACUAACAUUUCUUUUUGGGCAUGAACUAACUAGAAUUAUAUUUAUGGUGGGUGCCAUCUUAAGAGGAAGUGAUGUCAUGGUGUGACAUCACUUCCUGUCAAAAUGGUAGUCUGCAAGAUUACUGACAAGAAAUGCAAAUUAUAAGAAUAUUAUUGUAGAGUGGCAUAUAGCAAUUCUUCGCUGCACUUCCCUUUUCCUCUCUGUUUUACAACAUGUGAUCUGAUUUUGUGGUGUUAUUUAUUCUUGAGGUAUUCUUGGAUAAUUGACAGCACAGUAGAUUGCAUGCAUGUUUUUACUCCUCAAUGUUGCCCCUCUGAUAUAUAAUGGUUUGACCCACAGCUGUAAUCUCCAGCUAUUUGGGUUAUAUCAAACUGAUAUCACAGGGGUCACACCUGUAAACAGUUUUAAAAGUAACAGAUUUUUACGAGGCUGCUAAUGAUAAAGAGGCUAGAAGACUGACUGACACUCAUUCAAUGACAAGAAUGUGAAAUUAUAUUUUGUUAGUUUGCUUGAACAACUAAAAAUUAAUCCGAAAAAGGUCUAUUUAUAUACUUUUUAUAGUCUCGCAGCAUGUUGUGUUACAGGUUUAGGCAGUUCUUAUCUGUGACAUGCCGUUUAACCACUCCCAAAUGCCCUUAUAUGGUGGGGUCAGCACAUUACUUGUCAAGACAGGUUGUCACUUAUCUGUGACAUGCAGUUUAACCACUCCCCAAAUGCCCUUAUAUGGUGGGGUCAGCACAUUACUUGUUAAGACAGGUUGUCACUUAUCUGUGACAUGUAGUUUAACCACUCCCCAAAUGGUGGAACUAGAACAUUACAUUGUAGCCAUUCAUGUCAUACUAUUUCAACAAACCUGGCCAUUACCUCAGAUGUCCUGAAUUAUCACUAUCAAAUUACUUUAAAAAUAUUUAUUGGUUUUGUUCUUUUACAUCAUGUGUACUUAGUCACAUUGUCUUGUGUAUCCUUUCAAAGUCAAUAUUUUGCCGCCUAAAAUUUUUUAAAUUUUCUGUAUUUUACUGUUGGCAGUCCAUCAGUGAUGGGUCAUGUGUAAUUUUACAUUGCUGACACAUUUUGAUCCAAAUUUUUACUCAAAUGUCACAUGCGAAGCAAAUAUUGUAUUUUAAAGUUAAAAUUAAUGUUGCAUCAUCCAGUUUCUUCAUAUCUUCAAUAAUUUGCAUUUGUAUCAUAUUGUAAAAGAAUGCAUUCCAUUAUAAAACAUUGGUGAGUGAUUAUUAAUCAUCAUUUUUUCAACAUUUCUCUUUUCUAAAUAGAAAAUAUGGAAAUUGUACUUAGACAGGAACUGAUGUCAUACUACGACAUCACUUUCAUCCAUCCCAUUGGUUCAUACAGUAUUAUUUUUGUUGACAAUAAUUGUCCAUCUAAGCAUGCUUGUUAAUAUUUUCUGCUGAUGCAACAAAUAUAAAUUUUAUAAAAUGGUGAUGAGUCCGUCGUACUGAAAUCCAGCAAUGCAAUAUAAAAUAAAUCACAUUUAAAGUGUUUCUUUUAGAUUUCAAUGACAUUUUCUCUGUAAAUUUAUCUACAAGUCACUGUGAUGAUUUUUGUUUGGGUGGGGGUGACCCACCAACUUUUUGUGUCGCCCACCUAAAGUAGGUAAAGAUGCUAUAUUGGUCCUUCAUUAUAUCAUGUAAAAAUACUAACUGUUGCUGAUGUUUGCAUUAUUUAAUAACACAUAACAGUCAAUAUAAUUUUAUCCCAUUCAUCAUGGCUAUUCUAGUACUUGAAGUUUAAAGCAGGAAAUGCAUUUGUUAAUAAUGUAAUAAUUUUAAUGCAUUUGUAUUAAAUAUUCUAAAAUCAUCCAAUUUUCAUACUACCAAGGAUUGAAAGUUUAUAUUACCAUGCUUGGACACUGAAAUACUCAGGAAACAAAAGAUGUGUGAAAUAUUUAUAUUAAGUUAUACAUUAUUAUGCAAAUUAGCUGCCAUGCUUUGCUUGUUACAAACCGUACAGCUUACUCCGUGUAUUUCCAUGAAUGAAGUUAGCAAUGUUUUGUAUUAGUGUUUAGAGAAGCCUUUGCAUUGCUCAGCGAAUCACUUCAGCAAUCAGUGGUUUAAGAAAAUAUAAAAUAUGUGGAAUAAAUCCGUAUUUCAUUAUCUGUAACUCAAAUUUUGUUUUGAGAUUCUGAAAAAUGUAUCAAGGAAUAUUUUAAAGUGUGAAAAAAUACAAUAUUUUGGUCUUUUAGUUAUAAUUUCCUUGUAUAUUUAUUACUAAGGUAAUUAUGUUAAUUGAUACAUUUGAAACAGUUGCAUGUUAUUUGAUUGUACCGUAUUUGGGCAUAUAAUUUGCAUGUCAUUUGAAUGCUCCAUAUUUGGACAUGUUUUGCAUAUCAUACAAAUGUACUAUAUUUGGAAAUCUAUUUGUAUGAUAUCAUUUGAGGAAAUAGUUUGCAUCGAUCAAUAAUAAGAAGUGGUGAUUGGCUGAGGUUUUUAUGUAUGACACAACUACUAUUUUCUCAAUUUUUAAUGUACAUAGUUUAAUAAUUUUGGGUGGUUUUGUAACUUUCUGGGAAAUUGUAACUUUUUGUAGUAAAUAUAUUGGGGAAAAACUUAUGGUUUUUGAGAUUUUUCUUGUAUUUACCCCAAAGCUGAUUGUAAAUGUAUUUAAAUAAACUCUCAUCUUUGUAACUUAUACAA